AUGGAUUCUGUAAAAGAAAAUAAUUUUUACAUAGAUAAAGGGUGGAUACAAUGUGAGAACAGGGGCUGUUUAAAAUGGAGACUGUUACAGCAAGAUGAUAUAGAAAAUAUUGAUUCUAAUACACCAUGGUACUGCUAUAUGAAUAUUGAUCCAGAGUUUAAUAAAUGUUCUGUUGCUGAAGAAUAUUUUCCCAAGGAGUCUCAAUUUCAAAACCAUGGAUUAAAAUAUAUUUAUUCAAAGCUUCCAUUAGGAAGCUUGGUUCUGGCAAAAAUGAAAACAUGGCCAAGAUGGCCUGGCAUUCUUUCUCCUGAUCCUGCUGAUGGACAGUAUGUGAAAUAUGAUUUUAAUGGAGAUGUUGAAAGUCAUCAUGUAGAGUUUCUGGGGAAUCCCCAUUCCAGGAGUUGGACUGCCAUAAAAUACAUUGAUCUUUAUCCCAAUUCAUUUAAGGCAGAUGUAUGUAAGAAGAAAAAAGCCUGGUAUGACAGUGCAUUGGAAGAGGCAAACAAAUUGCUUGCAUAUUCUACUCAGCAAAGGCUCGACAUAUGCUAUCUAUCAAAAAAGGAUACAGUAAAUGACAAAGAAGCCAAAAGAAAAACUGAUAAAAUAGAAUGUAGACAAAUGAUUAAAAGUUGUACAAAAAAAUGUGGGAAGAAAACUAGUUACAGAAAUGGAAGAAAGAAAAAUAAAAGAAUAUGGAUAGCAAAUUCAUGUAUCUUAAUUUUUCCAGGGUCAGAAGAUAUCCUAUCAAGACAAAGCUUAGCUGUAACAGAGACAGAAAUUAUACUGAAAGAUUUGGACCAAAUUCUCAGUCAAGUGUUAGUCACCUCCAAGCCUUUUUUGGAGUCAUCUGGGAAUCGAGAGGACAAUAAUGAAAGAGAAGAGGUGCUUAACUGCUCUUUAGAAGCUAGUGAAGAAAGUAGACUAAUGGAAAUCAACACUGAAGAAGACUGUAUUAUAAUUGAUGGGAAAGCUUUCAUGGCUGGAGAAUGCAUAGAGAGCAUAACAGAACAAUUUAAAGAAAUAGAUUAUUUAAUGGCUGACUUCCAAGGCAGCUUGUAG